CCUAGAGUCAAGCGCCUUUUCAAAUGUAGCCGGGGAGGGUUGGAUAACUAGGGAUGUACUAUUUAAAUUGAUGUUCAUUUGUCCCUUUCAUGUUGGGUCAGAUCCAUUCCCCAAGUAAGUGAUUUAUCUUCUUCUUCUUCUUCUAUAUCUUAAGGGCCCACGAUCAAUUUAUUGAUCAUUUUGGCUCCUAUGCAUGUAGAUGGGAUUUGCAAUGUUUCUGUUCCUGGUGUUGAUGAGGAAAUUUCACAGAUUUCCAGUGUUACUUUGUGAGGGAAUCAAGCAUUAGGGGUUUAAAGGCUUGAGGCAAUAGACACAAAUGUGUCUGGUGUUGUCGCCUCAACCGUUCCUUUUGAAAGAUUUUCCAGUCCCUGAUUGCCUUGGGCAGGAAGAAGACGCUCCUAUACUGGCUUCUUGCUGGUAUCUCGCCUUUACACUAUUCAACUUCAUCUCAUAAUAGAAAAAUAAUAUAGCUAAAUUCUCCGUAAAAAUCAAAGAACCCCGAGUUGAUCGUCACUUGUAAAAAAAACAUCAUUUGUAAAAGACCGUGGUCCAACAUGUUGUCCACAUAAUAGCCUUUAAUCUUCUUGACGUGUCCACAACAUUUGCCACUUAAUCGUCGGCAGUACGAUGGUAACCAAGGUAGAACCGACCAUAUCAUCCCCCCACGCAACAUAGUAGCCCCUGAUCAAGACACGUAUUGCUUCAUUCAUUGUUUACCAACCGUCAGAAUGAACUGAUUUCGCUUCAAAUUCGUGUACUCGGAGUUACAAGGUUUUGGUCUGAAUUUGAUUAACACAUUUGUUAAUAACGCGCUAAAUUAAAAAAAAAUUCUAACAUUCAUGAUAUUUAAAUUGGUUCCAUCCAUUGUAAUUUUAUUUUUUUAUUAUUUUUUUUGUUUUUUUUUGUGUGGUAAAUAUAACUAACUGCGCUGAUUCAUAAUUCAGAAAUUAAAACUAGCAGUAUAUAAAAUGACUUACAUUUCUGUUUUCCACAUCGCCUCAGUUCAAAAUUUAAAAUAAAAUAAAUUGGUAAAACAUUUGUAAAUGCAGGAAUUAAUUUAACAUGUUGAUUUGUAAUGAAGUCUUUAUUACAGGCUUUAGCAUUCUCUAGAAAUGAUAAGUUAAAAUGUUGAUAGCAGAUAUAUAUAUAUAUAUAUAUAUAUAUAUAUAUAUAUAUAUAUAUAUAUAUAUAUAUAUAUAUAUAUAUAUGUUUGUGUAUGUCUCCGCGCGCGUGUGUGUUGUCCGUGUGAAAGAAAGUUGCUUAUUGAGAUCCUAUCCGCUCUUUUAAUAUGCCUAAGCGUGUUUAUCUCACACCUUCUCUUAUUUCACUUCUAGCAGCUGGAUUGAAAAGCUACACGUUUCGAAAAAGCCAAGAAUUUCCCACGCCAACAACUUGCCAAGAAAACUUUAAAACUGGCGAGGACGCUUUGCACGGCUAUGCCCCUUCUUGUCCGUGCCAUCAGGAGGGAGCAGACGGCAGGCGCAUCGCACGUCGCGUUCUCAACACAAAACUCAAAGAUCGAGCUCCUUCACCGUCUGGCACAUUUCAAGUGGAUCAACUACGACCCAACUGUGAUUCUUGCAAGUCUAGAAAUAUAGAUCGACCCGCUUCGUCAUCCCAGGCUCAAAAUGGCGACUGUCAUCCUUCGGGACCUACCUUCCAAGAAACGGCAUGCACUGAGGUGAUGCAGCUUCCAGAUCACAAUGAUCCACAAUGGCAAUCACAAGUGAACACGUUAAGUCAGCAGGGGCCGAACAGCCGCUGUAUGCAGUUGGGAUCCCCAAAAUUGAGGAUCCCGAAUAAGCGUUACAUCAUACAAACGAUAAGACCCUUUCCAGGCCAGCGUGCCGAAGGUAAACGUUCAAAAACCAUAAUUGUCACCAAGGACCCAGACUUUCAACAUUACACAAGCAAAGAAAACCCAGAUAAUCGAUAUUAUAGUCAGCGAGAUCAAAGUCUUCAAACGCAAGUAGAGUAUCGUAAAGACAAUUUAAAUAAUUUCCGACCAUCUAAUCGAGAGAGAAAUCAAAGUGACAUUUCAAAGGCUUUAUCAGACGUGCAUCACGUAAAAUCAUCUUCAUUGUCGCAUCUCUUGGAUGAGGAUACAGAUAACUUGAACCCGGCUGGAGUUGAUGGGCGUCAAGCUCCGGAUAAAAAAAUUAGCACAAGUCAUUUCAAAUCUUUUAGCAACCAACAAACAACAGGAAGGUUAACACGGGACACAUGUGCUCAAGUCAACGUUCCAUUACCCCUAAGGGAUAUAAGCAUUCAAGAAAAUGGUUUUUCAACCCGCAGAGACACGUGUGUUCAAGUCAACGAUGAGUUGACGCAUAUUAACACUAGAGAUUUUAGCUGUUUAACACAGGAGGACAAUCGUGUACCUGAAAAGAAAAGUGUAGCGCGGAUAGAAACGUGCAACCAAGAAGACGGUUGUUUGAAACAAGACAAAUGCACCCAAGAAAGCGAUGGUUUUCUACAACGUUAUCUAUACCCGCGUGAUACAUGCACGCAAGAAAACCGUGGAGUAAUACAAAAAGACAAAUGCACACAAGAAAACGGUAGCUUCUUCGCACAGAAAAAUAAAUACACUCAAGAAAAUUAUGUUCCAAUAAGACAACGCGAGGUAAAGUACCAAGAAAUUUGUAACGUGUGCCUAAAAAGUAUUUCAGAUGAACAAAAUCGUCCGCCUACUGUUAACAAAACUUACAUUGAGGAAACUAAAGAUUUAACACCACAAAAAUCGUCCCCACCACCAGACUGCCCCUGCAGACUUCAAAAAGUGAGCAUGCCAGAAAAUGCUCCUAUCUCACCGCCAACAGUUUAUCGACCAGAAAAUGCUCCACUCCCAUCUCAUAUAGUGUACGGACCAGAAAAUUCUUCAAUUCCACCUCACAAAAUGUAUCGACCAGACAAUGCUCCGAUCCCGCCUCAAACAAUGUACCGACCAGACAAUGCUCCUUUUCCGCCACAACAGAUGUACCGCCCAGAAGACUACCAAUUUCCACCUCAAACAAUGUAUCGUCAGGAGAGCCGUUCUAUGCCCCCAAAAGAUACCUUUUGCCCCAAACACCACCCUUUAUCACCAAGUGGUAUUCACAGCCCGAGAGAAUGCCCCGUGUCCCCACAAGAACAGUACUACCCAGAACACCGCCCUAUACCACCACCAAACAUGUUCUACCAAGAACAACGAGCUAUGUCGCCACAAAAUAUGUUCUAUCCCGAAAAUCGACCCAGUUCCCCACAAUUAAUGCAGGGGGUAAAUGACUACUUUGAGAAUGCCCUCGAUGUAACCAAUCAAGAAUACCGCCCCCGUUAUCAACAAAGCUCCUCCGCCUGGGAUCAGCAAAUUCCCUUAUUUCAAAAAGAGUUUAACCAAGCCGAUCCAAACAAUCGUUAUUCUAAAAGCUAUAAUGUGCGCCACGUUCCUCAAAGCAGGAAGGACUAUGAUCAGUGCCAGCGUUGCGAGGCCGAUGGCUCAGUUCAGAAUUUAUGUCAAAAUGUAUGCCCACCACCUGGAGCCUUUAAAAAAUACAGCGAAAUUCAAGUAGCUGAAAGUGUAAACAUAAACAGAUAUAGAAAUGAAAACUUUCCCCUGGGAGAAGAAAACAUCACUUAUGUCAGCAAAGUGGGGCCUCAAGUAAUUAGCAGUCAGACUCAGGUUGUUCAAGCUCGAACGGUGUCACAAGUGGGUGCCAGCCCAGUACAUCCACAGGACACCGAAACGAAUAUUCGCGCCGUUGGAAGCAACACUGGACGCGGUAAAACGGAAAGGAUUUCCCAAGUAGAACUUAGGCAACAUACCCCCCCUGAAAGAUUUUCUCGAGUAGAAAGCCCUCAAAAUCUACGACCGAA